AGCCCGCUAUUAUAGCCCAACUAGACCAGAAAAAGGGCGGUGUAAACACAGUAGUUAUGACUAAGUAAGUAACACAAGUUCCAUAUUUUUCUUACCCCAAAACAAAAAUAAUAAUCAUUCCAUCGAACAUGCUUCAUAUGAAGGUAUCAGCUUACUUUAGUUUAAUAUAAUGUCAACAUAUUUUUUAUUUUCUCAUUUUUGUUUUUUGGUGGUUGGAAUAUAUUUAAAAAGUUAUUUUUUCCAGAAUAUUUAUGAUAUUUUUGAUAAAACCAUGUAUAUCUGCUUGCCAAAGUUAGAAUGCUUUCCCUCUUAAUAUGCCUCAUGCUUUGUACAAAUCAAUCAUAUCACCUUAUCUUUUAACAUACACUGUUUAAGCAAACAUUUGCUAUCACGCAAUAUGUCCUUUCGCAUACCUAAACAUCACAUUUAUAGAUAACGUAGCCUGAAGUUAAAUCGAUAUGUGUUGACUUGUGCAAAGCAGAAGGUCCAUUUUCUUGAUUUGCCUUCGAUACUAAUCACUAUCGCCAUUAGAGGAGUUACUUAAAGCUCAACAUGUUUUCUUGGGCUGGAAUGUGCAUAUCGGCUCAAGACAUGUUCAGUUGUGUGCGCAAAUGUCAAAAUAUAUCAUUAUUCUAACUGGUUUUACUAAAAAACAAGCAUCUUGACCAUCUCAAAAUAGAUCCUAUUUUUGUCCAAUUUAGCUUAUUGUAUAAUACAUUUGAGUAUCGAGACAUUACCUUUUUUCACCAUUUCUUGUUGGUCGUUACCUUAUGGAGAUUCGUAUGCUAUUUGGGAGUCCUCAAGGUACCGCUCCAGGGCUAGAAUCUUCGGUUUUUAUUAUUUCAAAAUAAUGGUUUGAAGAGUGUUGUUUUAGUUGCAAGAGGCUUAGGGUUCUGUUUCCUAAUAAUUACUCUCAGUUACACGUGUUAGUCAGAGUUCCAUUCUGUCCUUGAGAAGAGUGACAAUUCGUUGAGCUGUGCCCUCUGUAUCUCUUUUGAUUUUUCAAGUGACCAUAUUUUGCAGUUUCUUCUGUAUCUCUGCCAUUCUUACACAGAGGGCAAAUGAGCUCAGCUUUCUGAAACUGUGACCUGAUUGGCACAGCGGAAAGUCAUAAAUAAAACCACUUUUCGUAGUUAUCGUCUUAAGCUGAUGUUGUAUUGAGUCCCGAAUUUCUCCUAAAAUUUCUCCUGGAAUCUUUUUAUUCCAUCCCUCAUCUAUGCGAAAUUAGCUACAAGCCACAACUCGUCACUGAACUACUGCUGGAGCUAUAUGCUGAAAAAUACCUCGUUUGAUAUUUGGUUCCGUUUUUUUUUUGUUAUUUAUAGUAUUCACUAUUCUUACUUAAAAGCAUCUAUUUCUGGUACCGAUAUAUUACAAACGUGCCGUUUCCUAUUUUGGAGUUCCCCAAGGCUCCGUGUUUGGGCUAAUGUCUUUUACUAUUUGUAAUCUAUACCUAUAAAUGUCAAAUCAAUUUGUUUUGUUUCUAACCUUGCAAAUUCAGCACCCAAAAUGCUUGUUGAUCAUUGUUCACACUAAAAAAUUGAUCAUGCAUCUGUGAAUCGUUGACUGACAUGUGAAAAAUGUCAAAAGGAGAAAUUUGCGUGCGCUCAAGUGCAGCAUUUAUACAUGGUUCAUGUUGUGCCCGGCCGAGGCCAGGAGUGUUGUUUUGAUUAUAUUUCUGAUGAUUUUGUAAGAUCAUUGGCUACGCGUACUCAAAACCGGAGCUGCUCAAGUAUGCCGAAAACCGCACCAGGUGUGGUUGACAGUGUGCUGCAGUUCAGGAGCUGCGGAUGACGUGCCUACUCGUCCACGUUAUAAAUGUGACAAAAAUGAAGUUCCUACACAGUCGGCGAACGGCUCGACGGUGCCGUUGGUGGACACCCGAAAGUUGGAUCCGGAAGUCGGAGAGUACGAUCCGUUCCAGCAUCGCAAGUUGGACCAUCCCACUUCUGACCUGGACACCUUGAUUCACUUGCUGAAAGGCAGCUUGGGCAGUGGCAUUUUGGCUAUGCCAUUGGCCUUUUCCCACGCUGGCCUUUUCUUAGGACUGUUCUGCACCUUCGCCAUUGGCGCAAUUUGCACCUACUGCGUUCACAUCCUAGUUAAAAGUGCGCACGAGCUGUGCCGGCGGACAAGGGUACCUUCAUUAGGUUUCGCUGAAGUAGCUGAGGCAGCCUUCCUCGCUGGCCCGAAAGCCUUCCAUCCGUGGGCCAAAUUCGCCAAGGCUAUGAUCAAUAUGUUCCUGGUCAUCGAUCUGAUCGGCUGUUGCUGCGUAUACGUAGUGUUCGUCUCCAAGAACGUCAAACAAGUGAUUGAUCCUCACUAUGAGUUGGACGUGAGGGUGUACAUGGCCGCGUUGUUGCCGCUUCUCAUACCCACGAACAUGAUCAGAAAUCUCAAGUGGCUGUCUCCGUUGUCUAUGAUCGCUAACGUACUGGUUGCUGGUGGAAUGGGCAUAACCUUCUACUACAUCUUCUCCGAUCUACCUCCACUGGACAGCAGGGCCCCAGUCGCAAGCUUUUCUUCUCUCCCAGGCUUCUUCGGUACCGCCAUCUUCGCCUUGGAGGGUAUUGGUGUAGUGAUGCCCUUGGAAAACAACAUGAAGACCCCCGACCAUUUCAUCGGAUGUCCUGGAGUACUCAACACCGGAAUGUUCUUCGUAGUACUGCUCUACGCUUCCACUGGGUUCUUUGGGUACUUGAAGUACGGAGAAGCCACCAGUGUUGGAAGUAUUACACUGAACCUUCCAAAUGAACCGUUGGCACAAUCAGUAAAAGUAAUGAUUGCUAUCGCUAUCUUCUUCACAUACGCUCUCCAAUUCUAUGUGCCCAUGGAGAUCAUCUGGAAGGCAGUAAAGAACAACUUCGGAUCGCACAAAACGUUAGCAGAAUACGGCAUCAGAACAUCUUUGGUCAUCCUUACAGUGGUAAUGGCCAUCCUGAUCCCAAACCUGGGCGGCUUCAUCGGCCUUGUCGGCGCCGUCUGCCUGUCAAUGCUGGGUAUGAUCUUCCCGUCCAUCAUAGAUCUAGUAACCUUCUAUGAAGAUCCAGGCCUAGGCAAAUACAACUGGCGAUUGUGGAGAAACGGAUUCCUGAUCUGCUUCGGCUUGUUGGGGUUCGUGACAGGCACAUACGUCAGCAUCAACGAGAUCAUCUACGGGUGAGCUGCCGCGGUGUUGCCGGUGCAGUGUUUCUAUCGUCUCCCGGGCUUCGGGGAGUGGAAGGGGAAAGAAACCGGGUGCCCUACCGGCUGAAACCCGGCGGUUCUUUCCGACAGCGUAUCGUAAGGUAGCUGGAAUUUGAAGUACGGGUCGUAGCAAGCAAACCCCAAUAUGCGUGCUUAGGUAGCAUAUGUCACAUGAAUGUGUCUGCUAUGGUAACAAAAUGACAGUUGCAUAUACUUCUGAAAAAAUCGAGGUAUAUAAUCUGGAACGCUGGAAGUAGAUGGCGCUAGUUAGGUUGGAGGUCAUGUUUAAGGUUAAACACGGGCUCUGUUGAUUUCGUUUUGCGGGUGAAGUCAGACUGUCAAAUUGACAUGACAGUCAAAUCUGACGUCUGGCUCGCUUGUGAAAGAAAUGUCAUUCCAUUUAAACUGAGAUUUGGAAAACGAACGUAGAUUAAAGUGGGUGAACUGAAGUAAGAUCAUCUUAUCUGAGAUUGUCUGUAAAUCAAACGCGACUAUUGAUAUGAAUUGCUGAUCUGUUCACGUCAAUAGACGCCGAAAAAUAGAUUAACUUUCCGUCUUUUUUCCAUCUACUUUUGACAGCCCUACUUCCACUCACACUAACGCCACCACGCGGGAGCAAAAUUGGAUAUAUCUGCCACUGAACUAUUACGGGCACAGGGAAACGAAAGCUUGCAUAUACAGAAUGUAGUCAAGAAAAUUCAAAAGCAGAUUAGCAUCUUAAAUGUGAGAAAGUUCUUUAUAUAUAUAUAUAUAUACAUAUAUAAUUGAUAUACUGAAAUGAGCUUUGGUUUUUCACAUGUCAUAUUCGCAUAUAUUUUUUUCUAAAUCAUUUGCACCAUUAAAUUCGUGGCGGCAAGUUUUGCGAAAAAUGAGUAUGCCACUGUUUUUUUUUUCGUUAUUCGUUCAGGCGACGCUUUUGUAGUUAAUUAAACUAAAAAGUAGAAGAGCAAUUGUCAAGUAUUGGAGAGUAAGUUGAUGUUACUGCAAUAGAAAGUCCAACAGUCAAGUAUGCCUAAUUUGUAAUAAGAUCAAUAUAAAAAUUAAGAUAUUAACACAAAAUUCAAUUAUAGCAAAAAUGCGUUGGGGUGCUUGAUAUUAAAUUUUAAAAUUAUUUCUUGCUAGAUCUAUCCUUACAUCUUCAUAAGAUUAUUAUGUAGUACCCUAUAUACAUGGUGACCAGUGAGAAAGUUCACUUUUUGAUUUAAGAAAAAAAAUCUUAAUGAAAAGAAAAUAUUUAUUACUAUCAACAUAUUCGUAAAUUUGGCGGGUUUUAUUUCUUAAAUAUCAUUCCGUCCAAAUGUUUGCCAUCCCUUCAGACACACUCUUCUAAUCGCGCGCGCAAAUUCUGAAACACUCUCUUGCAGAGUUCCGGAGUGAUUUUGUUUAUUUGUCGUCGAAUGUUGUCUUUAAACUCCUCCAGUGUUCGUGGAUUAUUGGAAUACACUUUUGACUUCAGAUAACCCCAUAAAAAAUUAUCGCAAGGCGUGAGAUCGGCUGACCUAGGAGGCCAGUGAAUGUCUCUGUAUCGCUCGCAAUUGGCUGUCAAUGCAUGUCCAUUUUCAUCUUCAAAAAAUACGGCCCAAUAAUACCGCUAGAGGAUAUGGUGCACCAAACAGUCACCUUUGGAUUAUGUAGCUGUUGUUGAUGUUUCUCUUUUGAGUUCGUUGGUUCCCAAUAUCUGCAAUUUUGCUUGCUCGCAUAACCGUUUAAGUUAAAAUGGGCCUCGUCACUGAAAACAACAUUCUCGAGUCCGCGCUGCGUAGGAAAAAGAUUCAACAGGUUCUGACUUGAGGCAUCUCUUGGGCGGAAUGUUUUAUCGUGUACAAAAUUUCCGAAGGGCAGCCGCAUAUGAGUCGCCACUCUUAAAGCAAACCUCGAUAGCAAAAGCACGCUGCGCUCCGGUCCAACGUUCCUUUGUAACUAUUUAACCCGCACGCCGAACGCACUUCCUCGCGUAUACAGUUGCCGCGUAAUUCAAAUUUUAAAAUGUGAACUUUCCCACUGGACACCCUGUAUUUUUUCUUUUUUAAAGAUACAGAAAUCAAUCACACAGGACAAUUUUAAUCAAGAGCAAAUAACCUAUGGACCACUCUGACAGACAAUAAGGAAUAGAACAAAACAGUUCAAAUCCAUUAAACACCUUCCAAGUUGAUCCUUGCUAUCUAAAGGGUCAAAUGUGUAUGUAAAGAUCCUCUAACAUUGCUUAAAAAAAAAGAGAUAGCGGAAUAUCUAGAUAGAAUAGAAGGUCUGAUUUUUCUCGAAUACUUCAUUGUAGAAAGUGAAAAGGCUCUGAUCAUCAUAGCAGACAUAUUUAUAACGACUAGACUUUCUUAUAACAGUUAUAAUUAAGUUCUUAGGAGAACAUGUACUACUUAAGUGACUAUGUCAAGACUAUAUUUGUGCACAAAAUAUCUGCUGUUAAGAAAAACAUUCUUCGCACAAACAAAAAAUAAUAAAUAGCGCAUAUUCUUGACAUUCCCGUUUAUUAGCAUUAAAUAAGGUUUAAAAACACCAAUAAAGUAUGAAAAAUACUCGAGUGUUUCUUAUAGUGAGAAUUAUAGAUCCUAACUUGUGAAAUGAAGAAGUCAACAUAUGUAUAAUGGUAUAGGAUCGAAGAAAAUAUAUAGUUCCAUUUCAUUUGAAUGUAGUACAAAUUGAGAAUUACUUUCAAAUGAAUUCGAGUUUGCGACACCGUAGAAAUACAUUUGUUGUUAAUUUUGAUAGAAUUCUAUCGAAGAACAACACUUGUUUGAUAAAUGCAGAUGAUAUAUUCAAAGACUGUUAUCUAAUUAAAAGUAUAUUCAAAUAAAUAGCAAAUAUAAAAUAAAAUUGGAACAGACUCAUAGACAAGUUAUUUCAAAUAUGAAACUGUAAUAGAUGUAUUUGUGAUGAACUUUAGCAUUUGUGGCACGAAAAGGUCUUGAUAGUUUUUGAAUAUAUAACCUGUUGGCGAUGCUUCAAAUAAUGGAAAAGUAGAGUUAAACUCCCUGUUAGCAAAAGGCAUCACAACGAAUCACAUUUUAUUUGAAUAGGUCUUCCUAGUAUAUUAUCUUAUCUGUAGUGGUCAAAACCAAGUGAACAUUACAAAACAAAAAAUUGAAAUGUAAUUUGUUGUAUGCCUGAUCGUAAAUCUCAAAGCAACUUGGGUAAACGUAAGAAAUCGAGACGUUUAGAAAUACUCUAUGAGAGGUAGAGAGUAGACUGCAGUUUAAACUGUGAUUUUUUACUUUAAAUGAAAUAUAUCUAACAAUUUUUAUACUUUACAUAGUUUUCUUUAACAAACACGCAUUAAUAAAUUACAGUGAUUCUUGCAGGUAUAUCAUUUCUCAUUCAUUUCAAGUGAAAGUAUCAUUUUAUUUAUGAAUAUUGAUUGUGAUUUUUUAGAUUUAAUUUAAGCUCAAAUUAUAGUGUACUUUUGUUAGUGUUCAUUACUCUCAAUGAAAUGAAAAUUUUGCCUGAACAAUCUGUUACGUAAAUUAUACACUGCCAGUCUUUGUACAUGUUGUUGUAUUUUCUCUGUAACACAAUGCAAAGAUUCACUCGAAAACAGAAUAUAUCGUAAUAUUUUGCCUUUUUGAUGAAUAUGUUCUGAUAGACGUAAUUCAAAUAAAUUCUAAAAAAUAUGCGCCAGAAUUUAAAAAGCAUUGCUGGUAAUAUUAAAAAAUGCUUUAUACAAUUAUCCUCUUGGAAAAUAGUUUCUUCGUUUGUGGUAUAAUAUUUAUAUGUAAUUUUGAAAUUAUGAAUUUUAAUCAGCUACUCAAAUAAGUUUGCACAGUGGGGCGCAUAUUUUAUUAUAAUAAUAUUAUAAAAUUUUCAUACAGUUUUGGGUUAUAAGGCUUGAUAUGUAUUAAAAUUCAUCUGAAAAUGUAGUAUUAGUCUACAGUAUAUUCAGGUUCACCAAUUUUAGAGCUGUUAAGAGAGAUUCUAUAUCAAUGUGUAAAUUAAUUAAUGUCUAUUAACGGAUUAUAUUUCACUUCAAUAAUAAUCCAUUUUAGACUCUUAAAUCUAGAGAAACACUGUAUCUAAACUGCCAGUUUUCCCUUAUGUUGAUGAUUACAAAGUCAAUCAUGUAACAGUAUCCAAAAGAUGUUGAGUAAAUUGACAAUAGAUAAUAUACUGAUUCAACUAUAGCAAUGUAGUAUUGUAUAAUAUGUAUAAAAGAGUACGAUUUAUUUAAGGAUAUAAUUUAUAACAAAUAUUAUUAUAUUGAAUCAGUAUAUUCUUUAGUUGACUUGAAUUUUUUUUUAUAUAAAAAAUGAAGUAUUGAACACCGCCGAUAGAACACGGUAAGGAAAGAGUAUGGUUCCAAAGGAACUGUGUGACUUGGUGCCUUAAAAAAAAUUACCUGAAUCUGGAUGAUUUUUAACUCCAGAGGAUGGUGAAGAGAAGUGAAGAAACAGGGUCGAAAUGGAAAUAUUGAUGUUUACUUUCUUGUCAAGUUCCUUAAUAGGAUGCCCAAAAUAAAAAAUAAAUUAUCUUUUUUGCUAACUUAUGCGUGGUGUUUCCUAAUUGAACACUAAUUUUAAGAAGGCGCUUUUUGGGUCCAUUUAAAGAAGAAAACUAUAUUAUGAAUACGUUUGAGAUACAGGCUGGUAACGUUUUCAAAAAGAAAUCAGUGGAACAUCACUGAUUCUUGAAAUAAAAAAUGAAUAUGUAUUCAGAGUUGAUCUUUUGAAUUUUUUUAGUUCUUCACCUAAAAAAAUAUUUCUCUAGAUGGUGAUAUUGCCAUAAUAACGAUAUUGAUAUGAAAAAUCAAGUUGUCAAAUUUGCUAAGAAAUAAAUACGAUCAAUAUCUGCCAAAUAGGCAGGUGAAAAUCCGUACAAACGCCACUGGUGGAACUUUAAAAAUGUGGUACAUUAAAAAAUGAUUCAUAGUACAUGAUUGCCAAAUUUCACUAAAAUAUCUAAAGUCGUUAUUAUAGAUACUAAUAAUAUAUUAUUUAUUUUUGAGAACAUUACCACUCUGUAUUUUGUUAAGAUUCUUCGGAGAUACGUUGAUAUGUAUAAGUUUUCUUCUUAAAAUGAACCUAAAAAUCAUUCUCUUAAAUAUUGAUAUUCAAUUAGGAAACACCCUUCUAUUACAAAAAGCUCCAUUAUUAAUAAGUUUAAUUGGGCUUAUAAAAUAGUACAACAAUAUUUAAGUAAGAAAAAAUAUAUUCAAACUGCUUGAAUUUUUUUAUUCAAUAUUUUGGGCAUCUUGUUGGAUAUUAGGUAUUUUAAGAUAAUUAUUUGACUAUCCAGCAUAAUUUUGAAAUGUUUAUUUCUGAUUGUCUUAAAAUAUAUAGAAUAUCAGUAAGGGGUAAUAAAAAAAUUCAUGUGCCAAGAAGCUUAGCAAAAGUAUUUUUAGUUUGUAUGUAUUAUUUGAUUUUGAUUGUCAAUUAGUAUUAUGCCUUAGUACAUGAAUUUGAAAAAUGGAAUUAAGUCGAUAGUUCCCAAUGUGAAAAAGUUGUAUUGAAAUUAUGCAUUAUGAAAAAAUGAAAUAAAAAAGUUCCUUAG